AUGCUGCGAGGCGAGUCAGGCCCCUCCGGGCCUCGCCCGAUUGGGUUGGGCCCGCGCCGAAGAGUGCCCCCGCUCCGUACGGACAGGGACUAUGAGAAGAUGGUCGUGCAGACGAGGAAAACGCUCAGAGAAGCAGCUCCACGGCCGUCCCAGGCUUCCCGCGCCACGCAGUCGAAGCGGCGACGCCGUCCCAAGGCGUCCGGGGAGCCUGACACGGAGGAGGAGCCGCAGGAGGAGAGGGACAGGCUCCAGCUGCCUCUGUCGCCUCCGCGCGUAGGCGGCGGGAACCUGCCCGGGGGCGCCCGGCAGUACUCGCCCCGGAGGCCCCGACACCUGACAGCGCAGAACUGCCUGCCUCCGGGGGUGGCCGCCAGCCCCUCUUUCCUCCACCGCUACCGGUUCCUCCACCGUGUCCUGCAGCAGCUCGGCGAGAAGGUGCACGUGCUGCAGACGCGACGGUUCUGGGGCAGGAGGACCCUCGGCAUAGCUGCCUUUGUGGGAAUUUUGCACUGGAUACAUUUAAUAACACUUUUUGAAAAUGACCGUCAUUUUUCUCACCUCUCAUCUUUGGAACGGGAGAUGACUUUUCGCACUGAAAUGGGACUUUAUUACUCCUACUUCAAGACCAUUAUUGAAGCACCUUCAUUUUUGGAAGGACUGUGGAUGAUUAUGAAUGACAGGCUUACUGAAUAUCCCCUUGUAAUUAAUACAGUGAAACGCUUCCAUCUUUAUCCAGAGAUACUGAGUAAUCUGUGUCUUUUCAAAGGAUUGGGAGACCCUGCUUGCUUUUAUGUUGGUGUGAUUUUUAUUUUAAAUGGACUGAUGAUGGGAUUGUUCUUCAUAUAUGGUGCAUACCUGAGCGGGACUCAACUAGGAGGUAUCAUUACAGUACUGUGUUACUUUUUCAACCAUGGAGAGGCCACCCGUGUGAUGUGGACGCCACCUCUCCGUGAAAGUUUUUCAUAUCCAUUCCUUGUACUUCAGAUGUGUGUUUUAACUCUGAUUCUCAGGACCUCGAACACUAAUAGAAGGCAUUACAUUGCACUCUGUGUUUCCAAUGUCGCUUUUAUGCUUCCCUGGCAGUUUGCUCAGUUUAUACUUUUUACACAGUUUUUGUGGGCAAGGAUCAGUACUAGAUUGCUAGCCUCAUCACUGGAGACAUAAAUAAGGCUGCUUGAAUCUGGAGGAUUCUGUAACUAUCAGGGAUUCUGUGUACUACAGUGGAUGCCACUACACUGCUGUUAACAAGGCAUUGUCCUCUUCUGCAUGAGAAUUUGACCGUCUGUUAACUUUCUAGCUCGUUUCCCUUGGAAACCUAUUCAUGGGAUGUGUCCAUGAUAUUACUAGGCACAUUGCUUGAUGAUUGACUAAUUGCAUCUGGACUGGAAAGAAUUGUAAUUAAACUAAGAUCUACCUGAGGGGGAUGCCAUAACUUUCGGCUUCCUUGAGUAAGGUGGCAUUUAAGUGGCAUUUCCCUUACAGAGGCUUCUGUGGGUUGGGGAAUUGCUAAGCCGUGGUAGCUCGUGCAUAUACCCAAAGUGCAUCUCCUUUCUUUGCUCCUGAGCUGUCACCUGGGGGUGAGGCUUCUGCACGGACUUCUGCAAGGACUCCCACUGAAGACAAGCAUCUGAAACUGCCCUGCUGGCAAGUCCCAUUUCCUGUCCUAAAGCUUUCUGAAUGAACCUGAGGCCAAGUAUGAACUUAAGAGGACCUCCCGGUGGGCAUUGCCAUCCAGAACUAAGAUUCACCUUCUUGGAGACAGAAAACUUCAAAACAGCCAUAGAUGCUGGGUACUUCACAGUCAAGUGGACCUUGACUCCAUGUUUUCACUUAUGCAUGGCACAGCUCUCUUUUAUGUAAAUACAGUCAUUUUGUUACACAGCAUGCUGCACUACUGAGAAGCUGAGCUCAGUCAAAAGAGUUUCAGCACCAACUGCAUGCUGUCUGCAGAACAAGCUUCCUCCUGAGAAAAGA